AUGAGAUCGCUUUUCUUCCAUGCUUCCAUGAUUGGCCAAGAAGAUCCAGACGCCGAGGAAAGCCAAAGUGAGGAAGAGGGUUUCGCCAUGAGACGAAUUCACAAAGAGUCUGUGCACAUUCUUUCCCUUAUUCCAGAAGAAAAUGUACCUAAUUUGGUAUCGCCAUUUGCUAUAUGUGCAGCCACAAAGGAUAACUUUGAACUUUAUGUAUCAGAUCUCUGCCUUAACAAGGUUUUCAAGAUUACCAAUGUUAUGCAGGAAGCUCUACUCCAUUAAUUUCGUUAGCCUUACUUGAACUCGCGACGAGCAGCACUUAUUAGUAGGAGACAGAAAUGGGUCAAAUGUUCAUGUAUGUCAAGUACGCGGAGGAUUGAAGACUAAAACAAUUUCAAAUAUUCCCGGCCCAACAGAAAUUGCAGUUACAGAAAGUGGAACAGUGUUUGUAUCUUCUAGCAAAGAACGCUCACUCUUUAGCUUGAAGGAAGGAGACUUAUUUCAAGGAACUGAGAACAUACAUAAAGUCAGUGGAGGUAGCGUAGGCCACUGCGAUGGUAUCAAAAGCCGGCAGAAUAUGCCAGCAUCUCUGUUCGCCUACAGACAGGAUGCCAACGAUCAAAAAAUGCAUGACCAGUCGACCUCAUCGCCUGAAGAAGACAAGCAGUAUGCAGUCGAAACGUCGCAAUCUACAUCACACGUGACUACAUCAUGAGACAAACGAAAAACUUAGCUUUUAUUGUUAUUCACCACGAUGAAUAACCACAACCUUUUCUAAGAAAUUAACCGGAUAUAUGGGCGCACAGCCCUAAGGUUGAUUCGUCGACAUGAGCGUUGCUCGAGCAAGCUCGCACGCUACACCAACCAUCUCACCUUCCUAACAAGGUGCAUCAAGAACCGCGUUGUUCCUAAAGAUCUACGAGUUCGACCGCCAGUUCCCACCAAAGGCGCACGCAGAGUCGCUGAACGCGCAUCCAUGAGAUUCCUAAGGGAACGGAUCAGACUGACACAGAAGGCCAAGGGAGAUGCAAAGAAGGAUACAGAAUCCACAGCACAGAGUAUAACAUCCGUUCUCCCGACAAACGACGCCAACAGGAUACUAGAGUAGAUUAAGACCAAUACUCAACGAGUCUUCAACACCACCAAAGACAGACAUAAGCAGAAGUUUGAAAAACUCAUUCGAGAAAAACAGGCGACCGUGUCACCGGUUGACACACCGUAUGUUGACAAAGCUAACUGGGUUGUUAAUUUAUCUUCUAGGUUCCUUAGCGAUGCCGAGAAAGCCCUACUGAAGAAAAGACUGAACUUCGCCGUAACUCCUGCGAAUAUUCCUGCCACAGAGAUCAUCGCCAAGGUAGAAGCAGCCGUAAGACAACUCGACACUGAACAAGCGGAUACUGUCAGAAGAGUUGUUAACGGUAUCCUUAUUGCUAACCUCUACAUGGAGAGUUUCGAAGAACAGGCGAUAACUACAUCAUCCUACGAGCCUAGGAUCUGGAAACGCCACGUGGACGAUACCUUUACCAUCCUGGAUCGCGAAAACGUAGAUGACUUCUUACAGCAUUUAAGCAACCAGCAGCCUUCCAUCCGAUUCACCAAGGAGACAGAGAAAGACAACAAACUCGCCUUCUUAGACACCGAAGUUUUAAGAAAACCUGACGGCCGCCUCACCACCAGCGUAUACAGGAAGCCCACGCACACCGAUCAAUACUUAGCGUAUGAUUCACACCACCCUCAAUUAGUAAAACGCAGUAUUGUUAAGUGCCUUUACGAGCGCGCCAAACGUCUCGUAACAAAACCCUCCGUCAUCUCCCAAGAGAAUAAAACAUCUGUCAUCUGUUCUGGUCUCUAACGGUUAUCCGUUUUCUUUCUUGCAGAAACUUACCAAGACCGGAAAACCAAACAACAGUGCCGAACCCCCCACGAGUUUAAAGCUACGGCGGUUUUACCUUAUGUCAAAGUCUAUCGGAACAGCUUCGCCGUUGCCUACAACAACAAGGCGUACGCGCUGUUUUCAAGUUGGAGACUACGCUAAGAUCUCAGUUAGUACGACCAAAAGACGCUAUCGACCCGGCUAAACAAGAUGGCGUAGUUUUCAGGAUUCCCUGUGAAUGUGGCAAGGUAUACAUCGGAGAGACUGUAAGACCUAUGCAUGACAGAAUUAAGGAGCACGAUCGAGACGUUCGACUUGCCCGUACCGAGACCUCCGCCGUUUCAGAGCUUGCCCACAACACCGGACACAAGCCACUCUGGAACGAAGUAAAGUUUAUUGAUCGUGACCCUUAUUACUACACACACGCAGGGUCAAAGAGGCAAUUCAUAUAAGACUUCACCCUAACAGAAUCAACAGGGAUAAUGGAAUAGAAAUUCCAGAAGCGUGGAUGCCCACGAUCAAAAAAAAAAAAGACCACAACAGGGGAGCCGUGCGACAGCGGACCGCCGAGGGAGCAAAUCACUAAGUGAUCAGCAAGGAUCGAAAUGCACCAAUCAGAGCUGUUGAAAACAACUAAUCACAGCAGAGCAUCAUGCUUGAUCACGCAUGACCAGUCGACCUCAUCGACUGAAGAAGACUAGUAGUAUGCAGUCGAAACGUCGCGGUCUACAUCAUACGCGAUUACAUCGUGAGACAAACGAAAAACCUAGCUAUUAUUUCCUAUUCACCACGAUGAAUAACCACAACCUUUUCAACACUGUUUUUAUUUCUGACACCGGUAACAAAUCAGUAAGGAUACUGACGUCAGCAAAGGCCCUUAUCCCUCUGCAAAAAAGGUUUGCCCAGUAUGCCAAUGUGUUUAGGAUCGACGCGAAAGCAAAAAAAGAAGACCUAUCAGGUGCCUUUGAAGGUCAUGUCAAGCAUGUCGAGGAAGUAAUUACAUUUCUCAAUCACCACGAACAUAAAGCUCUAGAGAGGACAGGCAAACAGAACACAAAUGGUCCCGACUUUGCAAUACCUCGAGCCACAAGACAGUCGUUCCUCAUUGUGCUAGAAUCACUUACCAGUCUUGCUAACACACUGACAGAGAUUGGACAUGAACUUCUUCUUUAUAGAAUCUUUUUUGAAAGUAUGACGAUAUUGAUUGUGGAGUGGUUUUUUAAAGGGAUGAGGGCAGACCACGACAUGCCCACCGUGGCUAACUAUCCUUUCAGAAGAGCUCGUUGCGUCCAAGACGACAUGCUUCGCAUUUGCCAGAAGGAUUUUUCUUAUUUCACUGGACCCAAUUAA